AUGGGAAAAGCUUCCAAGGUAUUAGAGGCACCCUCUGGAAUGGAUGAGGCCGCACAAACUUCAGAAACCAAUCAUUGGCACCUGGCACACUCUGGGAAGGAAUCCAUCUCUGUCACUCUGCACGGUGCCAGCAACCUGCCAGCCACCCAGAAGGGCAACGUGCCAUGGCCCUAUGUCACUGUUAAAAGCAGCUCAGAUGUUGAGAAGAAAUGGGAAGCCCAGGGGGUGACUCAUGUGUCCUCUGAGCCUACGCACUCUCCGACCUGGGAGGAGAAGGUGACCAUGGAGAUUGAUGCAGAAGAUGCAGGCCAUGAAGCUGUGAUCCUGACUGUGGCCGACAAAAUCACCAAGGAGGUGCUAGUGAGCUACAAGAUUCCUGUGAGGUACCUCCGAUCGUUUCACCACUACCACUUGAGACUGGUGCUGCCGAGGAAGAAGGACCCCUUGGGGACAAGUCUGUAUGCUACGGUUGUUCGUAAAGGCAGCCUCAUCCCCCGUUAUGUUGGAAUGAAUUACACCGGCUUGGAGGUUUUCCUCCAGGGAAUGAAGAAUCCUCUAGCAGAUCCCCAAGGUCCUAUCGUAGCCAUUGCCAGAGUGGUGAACAACUUUAAUGCAUAUAGAAAAGCCAUGAAGAUGCGGCCCUCUGCCUCUCCUGCGAUUGAUUUAACCACCAUCACGUUUCCAGACCCCUCCAUGGUGGCGUUCGAUGUUCUCCGAGUCACCAACCAAGGAUAUCCCCAGGUCACCCAACCUGGUGGACCCCCAGAGAAACCAACCUGGAACUCCUCCUUCCUCUUCCAAGGCAGGGAUGGGGCCACCCUCUUCUCAGAUGAUACCAGCCUGGUGAUCGAAUACUAUCCGUACAAAACAAUGUCAGAAACAGAAGCUGAGAACAAGCCAAAGCCUUUGGGUUACUCUGUGUUGCCCCUAACCAACCGUGUGUAUCGGAGUCUUGUGGCAGAGAGCAACCGGAGUGGGGUUCGUGUAGAUGAUGUUCCAAUCCAGGGCACUAAUCUGAGAACCACAUCUGGUGCUGUUCCAACCGUUCAACUCUGCAUGCAGCUGAUCGGCUCAGAGAGACCGGAUAUGUUUCUCACCCCGUCCAACACUGACACCCUUCCCAUCCUGGAUCCCAAACUCCUGGGGAAGAUUGGGGCGAUCAGAGAGCCCUGGGCACAACCUUCCUCUCAUGUACCGUAUGCUUCCGUCAAAGGGGACAAAUCAAAGUUAGCAUUUCAGCCCCCGGAUGAGAUGGCCCCCAUUGAGCUCAAACGCAAGAAGUCCCAUGUCAAUCUGUUGUUGCUUAACCAAGAUAAUGACGUCUCCCUCCCGCCCCCUGAGGCUGUAGCUGAGAUUCUGCCAGAUAAGCAGAUGCUCCUAUAUGAAAAGGCAGCCGCCCCAGCAGACAGUGACGUGGAUGAUGCGGACAUGCUCAGAAGAACCCAGGAUGUCACCAGGUUCCAUCUGGAUCAGGAGCUAGAUAAUUACCGUACAGCCAUGAAGAAGAUGGCGGACGAUAUCCUGUCUCUGCGCAGGCAUGUUGCCAGCCUAGAGGCAGAGAACAGCACCCUGCGCUGCAACCUGAGCAUGCACGAGGAAGUGGGCCGCACACUGCUGAACGACGUGGACGUGGAUGUCAUGACCAAGGUGGAGAUAGUCGACAGGAUAGUGGCCCUCAAGCACAAACUGGCUGCUGGGACAGUGGAAAUGAGCAGGAUGAAGGACCGGGUGCAACAGCUGCAAAAUGAGCUGAUCCGGAAGAACGACCGGGAGAAGGACCUGGUGAUGCUGCAACGAGCCCAUCAGCAACAGCAGACGGUGCUGAGGAAGUACCACAAGAAAAUCACCAAGAUGAAAGCCCUGGAGGAUACUGUACGGCAGCAGGAGAGGGUGAUUGAGAAGAUGGAGCGCAUGCUGGAGGAGAAGGUGCCAGAGGCUGCUAGGACCUCUGAUAGCUUCUCCAAGGAGUUCUACUCCACCCUGCUAGCUGAGAACAUGAGACUGCGGGAGGAGCUGGGCAGAGCCCACUACCGCUCUUCCCCCAUCAUCCUGCAGCAGCAAGCCUUGCCGGACAUAUUCUCCACCAACUCAGAGAAGCUGUCUUUGCUGGCCAAGGUGGAGAAGGCGCAAGGACGCAUUCGUGUCCUGGAAAGCCAGCUGGAGGAGUCUGCGAGGAAAUGGGGGCGGGAGAAGCAGGACCUCAGCACCCGGCUCCUGGAGCAAGAGCACGGCUUUGGGCGCUCAUCCAGCACCAUCCUGCAUGAUUUCUCACUGAAAACUUCACCAGACCCCACAACACAUAUCAAGAGGCACCAAACGCUUGAUCCUCUGCCCUAG